UUAAUAUCCAAAAACAGUCAACAACACAUUACACACUCUCACUCUCUCUUCUGUAAAGAAAAAAAAAUGGAGGGUCUGAUCAAGGGCUUGAUGGACGUCGCACUUGGCCGCGACGAUCAACCCGACUCAGAUCAAUCGCGAGAUGAACGGUCGAGAUCCUCCAGCUGGGCUCAAGUGGUGUCCGGGGAUCAGGAUAAAGAUGAUGGCGGUGCUGAUCAAGUGAGGCAUCCUCAUCGUCCCGCAAAUCAGUGGGCCAAUCAGAAUGAAGGAGUCCAGCCUGAGAAGGAGUGGAAUUCAAGACCUUCAAGCAGACCUAAUAAGGAAGUUCAUACAGGCUAUGGAAGAUUUGAAGGUGAUCAGCGACAUGGCUAUGACCAAAACCAACCGGGAAGAAAGGUUGUUAAUGAGGAGGGAGGGGAGAAUAGUAACGAUGGCUGGGAGACUGUUGGCAAAAAAAAUCCUAAGAAACCACAUAAGAUUCAAAAGGAUCAAUGGCAUGGAUUUAAAAGACCUCCUAGUGAACAAGAAUACUCUGAUGAGGUUGAAGAUAGUACCAAUUUAGUACCCUCACAAGAGGAGCUUGCUGACUUUUCACAAGCUUGCAACAAGCUCUGGGAACUUGACAUGAAUCGUUUGGUGCCUGGAAAGGACUAUCGAAUUGAUUGUGGUGAGGGGAAGAAGAUCUAUGAGAAGGAAGAUAUGGCACAAGGAAGCCUAUUUAGCUGGCUAAACGAAGAUGUACUAAGAAAACCUACUUUUUCCCGUUUUUGUUCUUUGCUUGAUAAUUACAAUCCAAUUGAAGGCGGCAAAGAAGUUAUAACUUCUGAAGAGACGCAAGAGCAAGCUGCUUUUAUAGAAGAAAUUAGUAGAACUGCACCAAUUAAAUAUCUUCAUAAGUAUCUUGCACGCAAAGGCAUAUUGUCUGAAGAUUCCCGCGAUUUCAGAAGAACAUUGACAAGUCUCUGGUUUGAUCUCUACAGUCGAGGUGGAACUUCUGCUUCCUCUUCUGCCUUUGAACAUGUUUUUGUUGGAGAAAUCAAGAACCAUGAGGAACAAAAAGUUUCUGGCUUCCACAAUUGGCUUCAGUUUUACCUUGAAGAAGAAAAAGGGACGGUUGAUUACCAAGGCUAUGUUUUCCCCCGGCAACGUGGACAGAUUCCUGACUCUGAAACCCAGUUGCUUACUGCUCAGUUUGAAUGGAAUGGAGUUCUCAAAUCUGUGUCAAGCAUUUUAGUCGGCGUGAGCCCCGAGUUUGAACUUGCACUGUACACCCUCUGUUACUAUGUGGGUGGAGAAGACAACCAUGUGGAGCUAGGUCCAUACCCUAUUAACAUCAAGUGUUACCGCUUCCGCGACUGCAUCGGCUCUGUGUUUCCUGUGGCAGAGUCUUGAGUUCUUUUAUUUUUCUUGAUAAGGGGAAGACUAAACUGAGAAAUUAUUACAUAACAUUUUCAUUUAAAUCCUCUUAAUAAAAUUUGCUCUUUCCUUAA